CAUCAAUAGAUGGACGCAAGUGCAGCUGAGACCAAAUUGUGUGAGGUGAUGUCUGGUAGAUUCAAGCAAGAUCCUCCCAGUUCCGCCAGCUCUGACAGUGGAGGAGAAGAUAUUGUGGUGCCCCAGAUGGAGGAGGAUGAAUCAAUCACAGAAGCUGGGGAGAUGGAAAGCAGUCAGCCCACUACUCCACGUCCUCCAUCAACUGGCCCACAGCAGACUCCCACGCAAGGUAAAGUUUAUAAUUACCAAAAAUGUAUAAAUUUACAUCAGAAUGAUGCAUUAUCCCAGUUACUUAAAAUUAAAUACUACAUUAAAUCCUUUCAUAAACAGGGAAGGAUAAAUUCCUUAAAUUCACCACCUAAUGGAAAAUAGCAAUAUAUGAAGUGA